UUCAGUGUAUGCUUUUUGGACACUUGCAUGAUCCAAAAAGUUGCCUCUCUUCAUAUAUAUAUCUAUAUGUAUAUAUUUUCCCUUCAUUUUCCCUUCCUCCUACUUUCUUCUUAUUCUUCUUCUUUGUGCGCUAAUGGCUUUUUUAUCUGCUUCUGUGUCGGCCAACGAGUAAUUUCUUGAUUGAAUCCUUGAAAGAAAUUGCACACCCAAAGAAGAUUCAUCACUGUUUUCCUUCUUUUUAUCCCUCUAGAUAUCCUCUUUGGGUCUUUAUAGGAGGAUAAUUUGGAGGAGGUUCUGAUUACAGGAACUUUGUGUGUUGUUAGUUGCUCAGAGUUUUUGGGGUUUCUUUAUGGGGUCAAAGAGACUGUAAGAUUAGCAGAGAACUCUUUUUUUGGGGGGUGUGCGUUUAGUUUCUGGGUUUCUUUUUUCCCUGUUUUUAAUGGAUCUUAAUUUUUGUAGUGAAGUUUUGAUGGUGAACUCAAAACAUGGUGAAUUGAACAGUUGUCUUUUUUUCUCUCUCUCUUUUAGUCUCUGAUUUUUUACCAUAAAAAAAGUGUUUCCUUGGGGCAGAUUUUGUUGUUCAUAGCUAGUUAUAGGGAGGCUACAAAACUCUUUUAAUUGGAGGAAGACAGACUCUUGGGAAGCUUUGAAUGUUGUUUAAUGAAGCCUUAGAUAUUUUGUGAGAAAAAAAAUGGAGCUUUUUGGAAUCUGAAGUUGGCUCUUAUUUUGGCAACAGAAUGAUGAGAUUCUGUGGAAUUCCAAGUUUUUGUUUUGGAUUCUCUUUCUGGUGAGGAUUGAAGAUCAAAGAAGAUUUUCGCUGGAUAUUCUGGCCUUUGCAAAGAAGAACGCCCUUAAUCACAGUGUUCCUUGAUCAUACAAGCUUUUUCAAGCAUUUCCUUAAAGAGAGAAGUGGUAACGGAAAAGGAAAGUUUCACUGUUACAAUCAUUGUUUGGAUUGAGAGAUGAUUACUUUUAUGGAGUCGAAAGAGAAACCGAAAGAGAUGGAGAAAUGCUUGGAUUCUCAGCUAUGGCAUGCUUGUGCUGGUGGAAUGGUUCAAAUGCCUUCAGUUAACACCAAAGUCUUUUACUUUCCUCAAGGCCAUUCCGAGCACGCUUGUGGCACUGUUGAUUUCAGGAACUGUCCUCGAAUACAAGCUUAUAUACUCUGCAGAGUCGCCGCCGUUAAGUUCAUGGCCGACCCUGAAACCGACGAGGUUUUCGCCAAAAUCAGGCUGAUCCCAGUUAACACCAAUGACCCUGAUUUUGAAGAUGAUGGAAUAGGAAGCAUUAAUGGGAAUGAAACACAAGAAAAACCGGCUUCCUUUGCAAAGACAUUGACUCAAUCAGAUGCUAACAAUGGUGGGGGAUUUUCAGUUCCAAGGUACUGUGCUGAAACGAUAUUUCCCAGAUUGGAUUACUCUGCUGAUCCCCCGGUUCAGACCAUUCUGGCUAAGGAUGUCCAUGGGGAAACUUGGAAGUUUAGGCAUAUUUACAGGGGGACCCCAAGGAGACAUCUUUUGACUACGGGCUGGAGUACUUUUGUCAACCAUAAGAAGCUUGUAGCUGGUGACUCGAUUGUGUUUCUUAGGGCGGAAAAUGGGGAUCUCUGCAUCGGAAUUAGGAGGGCGAAGAGGGGGAUUGGUGGAGGACCCGAGUCUUCAACCGGGUGGAAUGCUACUGCUGGAAAUUGUAUGAUCCCGUAUGGGGGGUUUUCAGCAUUUCUGAGGGAAGAUGAGGGCAAGCUGAUGAGAAAUGGAAGCAGUAAUGGGGUUAGCUCAAAUGGUAAUUUGAUGGGGAAGAGGAAGGUUAGGACUGAACAAGUUAUUGAAGCUGCAACACUUGCUUCCAAUGGCCAACAAUUCGAGGUCGUUUACUACCCAAGGGCGAGUACUCCUGAGUUCUGCGUGAAGGCCUCUUUAGUGAAGGCUGCAUUGCAGAUCCGGUGGUGCUCAGGAAUGAGGUUCAAAAUGGCAUUCGAAACAGAGGAUUCUUCUCGGAUUAGUUGGUUUAUGGGCACUAUAUCUUCAGUUCAAGUCGCAGAUCCCCUCCACUGGCCUGACUCACCUUGGAGGCUUCUUCAGGUUACAUGGGACGAGCCAGAUUUGCUUCAGAAUGUAAAACGAGUUAGUCCUUGGCUGGUGGAAUUGGUUUCGAACAUGCCCGCGAUUCAUCUAUCUCCCUUUUCACCACCAAGGAAAAAGUUGAGACUGCCGCAGCACUCGGAUUUUCACCUAGAUGGUCAACUUCCAAUGCCGACAUUUUCAGGCAACCUCCUUGGGGCCAGCAACCCCUUUGGGUGUUUACCCAACACUGCUCCUGCUGGCAUGCAGGGAGCCAGGCAUGCUCAUUACGGUCUAUCUUUAUCAGAUCUCCACCUCAAUAAACUGCAGUCAGGUCUCUUUCCGGCUAGUUUCCCACCACUUGAUUACGCUCCUGUACCUAAUAGGACCUCCAAUGGUGGCCCAAACAUUCGAAAGCCUAGCAUGAGUGAGAACGUUUCUUGUGUGCUAACCAUGUCCCAUCCCUCACAGAAUACCAAGAAAGCUGAUGGUGCAAAGACACCUCAGCUUGUACUUUUCGGUCGGCCGAUUCUUACUGAACAGCAAAUCUCUCUCAGCUGCUCUGGUGAUACAAUCUCACCAGUUCUUACUGGAAAUAGUUCUUCAGAAUAUCUGGAUAAGGCAGCAAACUUUUCCGAUGGUUCUGGAUCUGCUCUUCAUCAACAAGGCCUUCCUGAGCGAGCAUCCUGCGAAGGUCUCCCGUGGUACAAAAACAGUCGCCAAGAAACUGAACCCAAUUUAGAGACCGGUCACUGUAAAGUUUUCAUGGAAUCAGAGGAUGUCGGUCGUACACUCGACCUUUCUUUGCUGGGGUCUUAUGAUGAACUGCAGAGAAAGUUGGCAGACAUGUUUGGUAUAGAAAACUCCGAAACUCUGAGCCAUUUACUCUAUCGGGAUGCUACGGGUGCUGUCAAACAAAUUGGAGAAGAACCAUUCAGUGACUUUAUGAAAACCGCGAGGAGAUUAACGAUUCUAACGGAUUCAAGCAGCGACAACGUAGGAGAAUAUAGAGGAAGAAGCAAACCUUGAAUUCAACAUGUACAGCUGACUGCAACCUAUUCACCUUAUUGAAGUUGUAGGAAGGGGGGCUGCUCAAGUCCAUGUUGCGGACUUCCAAUCCUUAAAAACUCUUGCCUGAUUCAGAGUUGUUCCCCAUUGUUUUCAAUGGAUAUUUGGAUUUUAAAGCUGGCUCAAGUUCAUAGUUCAUCGAACAUUUUUGUUGGCAUAUUUGUUCCUUUGAGGUUUCCGGGUUUCAUUGGCGCCUGUUCUUACAAGUACACCAAGUCAGUUUGUAGGACAUGGCCCUGUGUAUUUAGGGGCUCUGUUUGCCUUUUACAGUUUUAUUAGGUUUCUUUUACCAUUGGGGGAAUUAAAGAAAAAACAAAAGCUAAAAGCUGCCCUAUCUGUACUUCAAUUCUAAUAACUAUAAAGUGUACAAUUCAAAGGUUUUCCUGUGCCCUGCUUACAUCAAA